AUGAAGAUAAGGGAUCAUGAUGACGAAUCUUCAGUUUUUGAUGCAGCAAGAAAACUGAACGAAGUUUCUGGGUUAAAAGGACUUAGCAGAUAUUUCAAACAAAUCGCACAGUCUGCCCGAUCCAGUGGUGGUGAUAACGUUGACGACUUCCUUGGUUGUGUUAGUGUUUCUGUUGAGGACAUUCCGUCCUACGGAAUUGACCAGUGGUUUCCUCUCCAAGGGAGAAGUCUGAGGUCGACUGUUCAAGGUCAGAUUCAUCUCAAGUUGACCUUAGGGACCCGUGAGGAUCGUGGUCUAGCAGCAGCGGAGGACAACUGGAAGGAAGUGGUAGAACAUCAAGAACUGUUCUCCCUUUUCAUCGAUUAUGAGCUAAAAAAUCACCAGGGCCCAGCCUCGGACUGGGCAGGAGACUUACCCAAUACGGCUUUGACAAUCUUACAUCAACACGCUCUUCAGGGUGACAUUACUGAGCUUCAACAGGCAAUGUGCCGUUGGACUACAUAUAGCAGAAAACAUAUGGAGGUAUCUCUGGACUAUGCUUUACUCCACCAAUUAUUGGAAGAUAUAAACUCCACCUGGGGAGGAUCAGGAAACCCUUUGUCUCGAGACGAGGAAGCGGCUUUAGCGGACUCCUUUAAUUUAUUUAUUGAUUAUUGUCUUGGAUUGGUUCGAAAGCAUCGAGAACUUUUUCCAGCAGCAAACCAAAUGGCCCAGUACAAGCUUUCUCAUCUACUCAAGUAUGUGGUUUUAUUAUACUUCAGUCAUCGAAUAUCCAGCUACGAUAAUCAUU